AUGUUUCUUUUAUGUUUCUAUGUUUCAUUUAUGUUUCUUCUAGAUAUCUAUGUUUCUUUUAUGGUUCUAUGUUUCUUUUAUGUUUCUUUUAUGUUUCUAUGUUUCUUUCAUGUUUCUUCUCUAUAUCUAAGUUUCUUAUGUUUCUUUUAUGGUUCCAUGUUUCUUUUAUAUUUAUUCUAUGUUUCAAUGUUUCUUUUAUGUUUCUUUAAUGUAUCUAUGUUUCUUAUGUUUCUUUUACAGUUCUAUGCUUCUUCUGUGUUUUUUACGGUUCUAUGUUUCUUCUAUGUUUCUCCUAUAUUUCUUUUAAGUAUCUGUUUCUUUUAUUUUUCUAUGUUUCUGUUUCUUCUAUGCUUCUUCGAUGUUUCUAUGUUUCUUUUAUGUUUCUUCUAUAUAUGCAUGUUUCUUAUAUUUCUUUUAUGGUUCCAUGUUUCUUCUAUUUCUGAGUUUCUUAUAUGUUUCUUUAAUAUUUCUGUGUCUCUUCUAUGUUUCUUCUCUGUUUCUUAUGUUUCUUUUAUGUUUCUAUGCUUCUUCUAUGUAUCUAUGUUUCUUUUAUAUUUGUCUAUGUAUCUGUUACUUCUACGCCACUUCUAUCUUUCUGUUUCUAUGUUUUUUGUAUGUUUCUUGCAUAUUUCUUAUGUUUCUUCUAUGUUUAAUCUAUGUUUCUUUGUUUCUUUUAUUUAUCUUAUGUCUCUAUGUCUAUUCUGUCUUUCUUCUAUAUUUCUACGUUUCUUAUAUGUUUCCAUCCUUCUUCUAUGUUUCUUCGAUGUUUCUACAUUUCUACAUUCGUUUGUGCUGCUACCGUUCAACUAUAUUUCUUCUGUCUUACAAAUACACUUCUGCCUUCAGGCAAAGUGCCAAAUAGUCCAUCGCUUUACCUACAUUUCUCUCACCUCCAAAUUUUUUUUUUUUUUACCGCCUCAGUUCAUUUCCUCUUUUGACUUUUCUCAUCGUUUCUCGUCUUUUAGCUCUUUUUCUUCCAUUAUACUCUCUCUUUAUGGCUCUGAUUUUCUCUCUCUCUCUGAUUUUCUCUCUCUCUCUAUGUCUCUGAUUUUCUCUCUCUCUUUAUGA